GAGAAUGAUAGACAGAAAGUCAGAUUGAGAGAGCGCUAGAGGCAGAGAGAGAGAGACAGUCACAAAGGGAGAGACAGACAGAAAGAAACCUACCUGAGGCUAAGGAGACAGAGAGGAGAAAGCAUCUACACAAGUCAAAUAGUCAAAACAGAGCAAAGAAAGUAGGAGAACAGAAUGAGGACUGUGCUGACACGUCGACCCUGACUAAGAGGUUUCACAGUGAAAAUAAAAUGUGGAACGACACACAUCCUGCACUUUGGUCCGCUCCUUCCUACGACAACCGUGACAAAGUGCCUACCAAAACUCUUCAUGUACUGCAGUCAAAGUUAGACAGGGGUGGUAAUGAUGUGGUCCAUGCUUCACCUGCUGUUCCUGCUCUCUGUCCCACCAGGCUUCACUCACAACAACCAAGGACUGUUUUGUGUGAAUGACUACAUCAACAACAUCACCUGUGUGUGGAACAGCUCGGGAAUAGAUCCAGAUGUGGCCUGCCAGCUCCUCGGUACAAGAGAAGACUAUGAAAACAAUUUUUUCCAUAGUAGUUGCGAUCUCAAACCCUUGGAAGGUCAUUCUUUAGGAGGCUGCAGUUUUGUCUUUAAGGGCCAUUAUUUCAGUUCAAACGAGAACCUCCCCAGAAUUAAGGUGGAGUGUGAUGGGUCUGAGGCGAAAAACCUCAUAAAUUACACACCUAUCAAGCACAUUAAGAUGCAUCCUCCUGGUAUCCCGGUCAUCAAUGGGAUUAAUGCCACCUGGAGUGCUGGUAGUCCGCUGUCUAAGAAGAUCUUUGCAUACGAGUUCCAGGUGAAGGUGAAGAGGGAAGACCAGCUAUGGGGGGAGGUCAACAAUUUGACCAGACCAAAGCAGGAACCGUGGAUGGAGCUGGGUGUGGAGGAGAGUGGGAUUCAUCACAUCAGGGUGAGAGUCAAGCCGACCCAACCCGCCUCUAGCCACUGGAGUGAGUGGAGCCCCACUGCCUCCUGGACAUCAGAGGUGGAGUCCCCGGACCUGACUUUGUGGCUGGUGUUGAGUGGUGUGUUUUUCAUUCUCAUCGUUGUCAUGUUGCUAGUCUUCUACAAAACACAUAUUAACAAUAGGAAACACCAGUAUGUGCCUGACCCCGCCAAGUACUUCCAGCCACUUAACUCUGUCCAUGGUGGAAACUUUCAGAAAUGGCUGAGCCCCUUGUUUGCUCCAAAGUGCUUCAUCACCGCCCAGCUCGGCGAGGACAUCUCCCCUGUGGAGGUGUCUGGAACAGAAGUCUGGGACAUCACCGACUCCACCAGCUCCACCAGCGCGGCCUUCCUCCUACACUCUGACCCCAACACCCAACACCGCGGCCAGUCCUCCUGCUUCUCCAACAUCGGCUACUUCUACCCCAGCGGCCUCCGCAUCGAGUCUUGUCCCGUCUACUUCACCUACCAGGGGGAGCACAGCUCUCUCUACGCCACCACCACAUGCUCCUCCUAUGAGCUCUUGGAACUUCUCGGUCAGCUGCAGAGGGAGCCCCAGAGCCCAGACUCUGGGUUCGGCAUGGAGAGCAUAGAGAGGAAGGCCCAGGUGGAGGAGGAAGGAAAGGGUAAGAAGGAAAGGGAUGUGGCUCCAGUUGACCAUCAUUCACCCCCUCUUGUCCUACCAGUCUCCCUGCCUGCUGGGAUCCCUCCAGGCCCUCACCAUCCCCUGAGUCUCCCUCAACUCCCCCUUCAUAAUCCUGAGUCUAACUCUGCCAUGGAGCCUAGCAGCAGUUACAAUGCCUGGCCAGUAGAGGCUGCUCUAGGCAGAUCCUCCUCAAUGACAGUGGAACCCAGUUGUAGCGGCUAUUUGACCAUUAAUGAGCUGCAGAAUACCCACAGCAACAAGUCUAUUUGAACAAUCCAUUUUUUAAUCAAUUUACAUUUUAGUUAAGCUGUUGAACUUAUUCUUCAUGCAAACUAUGACACAAGGCUCAGAUAAUGCAGGUACAAAAUAUUUUUUUUGCAUGGUAUUUUACAUGAUAAAAUACCAUGUAGCUUAUUUGUAUUUUAUAUACAUUUUGUAUAUUACUUGUAUUACUAUUGAGGCAGCUGGUUUGCCAAUGCGUUGUUACUUUAUCUCAGAUAGUUAGUGCUGCUAGUUGUUUUUGUCUUUAAAUGUGCUCACUGACAGCUUGUUUGUAUGAAGACCUGAAUAAAACCUCUGGCAGAAGAGAAGUGGGUCAGCCUUAAACUUCCUAUGUUUGUGGGCUUAGGUACAAAGCAAAAAGGCAGUAACAGCUAAUUUGGUCGAAAAUGAGUUAGGCAUUUUUGGUACAUUAAAUACAUGCUUAAUCAUGUGGACAAGUA